UCUAAAGCUAUCAAAAUGCGUCAUCGGUGGUGGCUAGCAUCAACUAGCUUUCCUGUACUGGCGGUAUUUCCCCUUCUCUGCAUCAGCGACCUCACACUAAGAAUCUCAGGGAACAAUCGGCGCCAUGGCAACCAUGUUCAACAUCUGCACCGUAUGUCAAGGGUGGCAGGAAAGCGUACACUCUGACUCCUCGACCAAGAUGCUAGUUCAGCCUGCCUGGUGUGUCCUUGAUCUCCCAUUCAAUGAAUCCAAACAUCCAACUCUCCCAGGACCGUGACUCUCAAAGCCAUGUCGCUGGCAAUAUCCGCGACGGCAGAUCUCACACUCUUGCUAACUAUGAAGCUGAAGUGGAGUGCAGUCAGGGGUUUUACCCUGGCCGCCUGUCUCUGGGCUUCAUCCGCGGCCAUCCUCUUCAGCCUCGUGGGUGUGAUCGCACAACAUCCUCCCCCGACCACACCACCCCAGACAUGGCACUACACGCAAAACUACUACUACGGCAUCUUCGCAGCCUCACUCUACAUUUUCAUCGCGUGCUUACUGCUAAACUACGCAGCCAGCAUCUGCACCGUCCAUCUCACUCUCCAAGACCGCGCAUCCGUAGAAGACACAAGCAUCGUCCUACGAGCACUCACCCUAGCAACCUUCCUCCUCGGGGGAGCAGCCAUAUACGUCUCCAUCGAGGGCUGGUCUCUUCCCGACGCUCUCUACUGGGCCGUAUACACGAUCCUAACAGUGGGGAUCGGAAAUAUCGUCCCCAAAACCCACCUCGGAAGAAGCCUGCUCUUUCCAUAUGCGACAGCUGGCAUCACAUCGCUGGGUCUCUUCGUCAGCUCAAUAGCAUCAUUCUCAACCAGAAUGGGCGAGUUCCAUCUUCGAUUCGAACUCCAACAAGCAGGGAUCAAUCUCCAUACAGCACCCCACCCCCACACCAAAUACGAACCACCCCCCAAGAUAAACAUCUCCAAAGCACGAGCCAUUAAAUCCAACUACCACCGCCGUCGUCGCUGGCUCGUUUUCAUUUUCUCCGCGACAGCUUGGCUCCUCCUCUGGCUCGUCAGUGCCCGGAUCUUCAAAAGUUCCGAGCGCAGUCAGGGCUGGACUUACUUCGACGCCUUGUAUUUCACCUUCGUCUCGCUGACGACAAUCGGAUACGGAGAUCUCUACCCGACGAGUAUUUUCGGGAAGUCGUUUUUCGUCUUCUGGGCUCUGCUUGCGGUCCCGGUUAUGACGGCGCUGGUGGGCGUUAUGGGACAGGUGGGAUUUCGUGCUGUGGUUUAUUUCGUGCAACGGGUGUGGAAGAUGUGGCCUUGGGGACGUUACAAGAGUCAAAUAUGGUCGUUCUUGAGCAAGAGGAGAGUUGAUGUCCCGGUAGGUGUGUCGUUACUGGGAUUAGAUGCUAAUAUCGAAGACGAGAAAAAGCAUCCAGAUGUGUAUGACGGGUCACAACACGAUGACGACUUACAUAACCCAUCAAACUCACAACACGGACAGAUCAAAUCUACGCGGCAUAAUCUCCGACUAGGCGAAGAGAUCAUGGCCCUCGUGGGUAUGCUCCAAGGCGAUGUCGGAAAUGUAGACCUGUAUCAUGAAUGGGUCCGAAUUGCGCCAUUGCUUGAUAAGGAGUACGAACAAGGGUUUAUACUUUCAGCUCGGGGUCAUUAUCGUCCACGGGUUAGUGAGGCUAUUUGUCCUGAUCGGGUAGCAACAGACCGGAACAAGGAAAUAUUGUUGAUGAUGAGGUUGCUUAUUGAGACGCUGUGUUCCCGUAUGAGAGAGGAGGUCCAGGGAGGUGUUAAUAUGGAGGGGGAAAUGGCCACAGUGUGUGGUUGGACUAUCUAGUGACUGGCCGCCUUGCAGAUAAUGGGAUCACGAGCUCGGAUGGCGAUCAUCUGCGAGCACCAGGGAUGAAGUGUCGGGAUCGCUUCAUCCUUGAAGGUAUUUCUCUACCCGAGGGAGUUCUCUUUUGGUCUGUCUGGUUGGGACCCUCUUCAUAACAAACAGACACCAGUCAGUCAGUCCUAACAGGUUCCCACUGUGUAACUAACCAACAUGGCUCGCAGAGCACUCAUUCUAUUUCUUUCACUCCAAACCCAGUUAGUC